AACGUUAUUUCGUCAUCAAUAUUAAUUUUAUUGUUUGAAUUAUGAUUUUGAUUAAAAUGUACACACACACUUGACGACUUAUCUAUCAAUGUAAUCUAAAACUACAUUUAAUACCCGCACUUCAGAUAAUAUUUACAGCACUUUUAAAAAGUCAGUGUUUCAUAUACUUCCCUAUUAACACAAAGCCUGCAAAAGACAUCAUGAGAUGUUAUUCCUAGUAUCUUUUAUUACUGCGUUUGUGGCAGUAAUAAGUGUCGACUUGGUAGGUGUGUCUUAUUAUUUCGACGAACAUUAUUCAGAUGUUUUUAGUGACAGACAAUGUGUGAAUACAACUCGGUGGAGUUUAGUUAGUUAUGAAAAUUUAAAGCUAGUGCCGCCGUACGAAGGAAGAUCUAAAGCAGUUCGUGCUCUAAGAAAUAGUUGCACUGCAACAUUCCCUAUGUCAUUCCUGGAAGGAAGCCUAAAAGUUACAGUUUAUCUUCGAACAAUAUCGCAAUACAGUGGGAUAACUGUUUCUGUGUUUGAUGAUCGAGACGAAGUUAUAACGUCGGUCAGGUAUCAGCGGUCGAACAAGAAUUUUGUGCCAGGCUGGGUCAACGUUAAGGUGCCUAUCAAUGAGCAUACAACAGGCUACGUGCAAAUAUCUGGAAAAAGUCUUAACAGUGAAUUAGUAGUCGUCGACUCCUUGCGAUACAUUCCUGGUAAUAUAACAUAUUCUCAAAGUGACAUAAAAGAUCAAAGAGUCACAAGAGGCCUAAUGAGAAAUACACCAUAUACAAAUAGGCAAGAGUUAAGUAGUCCUGAUGAAUUCAUUUACGCUUUUGAUGAAAUAGAUACUAAUGAUGAUACAGAUGAUAUAGAGGGGUCAGGAGAACCGCCUGAUACUGAGGAUAAUACUGAAGGUCCAGACGUAGGGACAGAAGAUUCAGGUAUAGAUACCGGCACUGAAGAACCAGACGUAGGGACAGAAGAUUCAGGUAUAGAUACCGGGACUGAAGAACCAGACGUAGGGACAGAAGAUUCAGGUAUAGAUACCGGCACUGAAGAACCAGACGUAGGGACAGAAGAUUCAGGUAUAGAUACCGGCACUGAAGAACCAGACGUAGGGACAGAAGAUUCAGGUAUAGAUACCGGGACUGAAGAACCAGACGUAGGGACAGAAGAUUCAGGUAUAGAUACCGGCACUGAAGAACCAGACGUAGGGACAGAAGAUUCAGGUAUAGAUACCGGCACUGAAGAACCAGACGUAGGGACAGAAGAUUCAGGUAUAGAUACCGGCACUGAAGAACCAGACGUAGGGACAGAAGAUUCAGGUAUAGAUACCGGCACUGAAGAACCAGAGGAGGACCGUGAAAAUUCGGAAGACAGUAAUUUCUGGAAUGCCUUUACUAUUACACUUGUGUCAGUAGGUGCAUUUACGGCAGUAGGAGUGGUAGGCGUAGGCGCGUAUUACUUAGGAAAGAGCAGGAGUGUAAGCCCCAACCUUCUCCUAGAUUUAGAAACCCAGGAAGCUCCCAGUAUUAUUCCUCGAGCGAGAAGCGUUUUCGCAGAAGUGCCGUACGCUAGACAUAAUAGUUUUAGUAGGUAUAGCUAGUGACAUAUAACAAUAAAUAAUCCUAGUAUCAAGACAAGCGUAAAAUUGUAUUUAUAAGGAUGAUAACAACGGCAGAUUUUAUAGCUAUAUUAUGAAAACAAAAAUAUUGGAACCUACCCAUAUCGAUAAGUCGCUAAGAGAUUUCUGAGUCGCGCACUUGAAAAUGUUUUAUUUGUUAAUUAAUUGUUUUAAUUUAUUAUUUAU